AAUGAAACGCGUUGGUUCAUUUAUCAUGAUUGGCUCAUCGAUGUCAACCUCUCACACACGCUCCGACACAGUCACACACAAAAUUAAUCGAAAGAGAAGGUUUCAGCUUCGUGACCUUGACUUUUCUCCUCUCUCCCUUUUCUGUUUGCGCUAUGCAUCAUCAUCGAAUCGCAUCGCACGAUCCGCGUUCGCAUUAAACCCUCUCUGGCCAUGUUCAUCUUCACUUUAAUCUUCUUCUACGUAUCUUGAUUUUCUUCCUUCAUCAAACUUCAUCUCUUCGCUCGCGCCCGAUAAUCUAAUCCAGACAUCCUCUGCUACGCAAAACGAAUGUUGUUGUGAAUUCUUAUAGGUCAGUACCGUACGGAAAAAGGAAUAUAAGGUAGUUCAGGUUAGGGUUUCCAACAGAUGGAAUUGUCACCGUCGUCUUCGUCUUCCUCCUCGUUGUCGUCGUCUUCUGGAAGCGAUGCCGGCGGUGGUGGCGCUCUCACGUGGUUCGGGAUGAGUUUUCCGUUCCGUUCUCCGCUUUCUCUCGUGAUGGAUUACUGCACGCGCGAGGAUUCCGCGGAGCCCGUGAUUAUCAUUCCCCGGACGCGCCCGCGGUUUCAGGCGCCGGCUGAAUCUGCUGCUUCUGUUUCGGCCUCUGACUCUGGCGAUAAUGUGUGCGGCGGCGCUGAGGAGGUGGCGAUACGCAUCAUUGGGGCCGGCGAGCAAGAGAGCGGUUCGUCGCCGUCGUCAUCGAGGAGCCGCGCUGGGGAACCGGGAUGUGAGGAGGCGGCGGUGGUUGGGAGGAGCGGGAUGCUGUCGUCGGAGGCUCGCCGGCGAAUGGCUGAGGAGAGGGUGCCGUUGGUGUCUUUGGAUGAUGGGAUUGGUGGCGGUAGGGAUUCUUCUUCGUCUUCCUCUACCUACCAGAGGUAUGAUAUUCAGCAGGUUGCGAAGUGGAUUGAACAGAUUCUUCCGUUCUCCCUCUUGCUGUUGAUUGUUUUCAUCCGCCAGCAUUUGCAAGGUUUCUUUGUCACAAUUUGUAUAUCUGCUGUGAUGUUCAAGUCAAAUGAAAUUGUUAAAAAGCAGACUGCCUUGAAGGGAGAUCGGAAAGUCUCUGUUCUUCUUGGUAUCUCUUUUGCCUUUAUGCUGCAUGUUAUAUGCAUUUACUGGUGGUAUCGAAAUGAUGAUCUUUUAUACCCACUGGCCAUGCUUCCCCCAAAGACAAGUCCACCUUUCUGGCAUACAAUAUUCAUCAUUUUGGUUAACGGUACGUUUUAGUUCUAUUUACAUGUGGUUGUUACAUUGUUU